AUGAUUCAUCCAAAAGAAUUUGGCUUAAAGAAGCUUGCAAAGAGUUUGCUGAAGAGAGCUCAGCGUCAUUUUAAAGACUUGGAACCCUUUUUACCUGAAGAUGACCAGGUCACUGAAUACGAAAUAGACAAAGAACUUGAAAUUCCAAGUCGCUAUCCUAAAAGGAACAUCAAGCAAAAAUCUUACGAAGAAGAAGAUGUCUCUAGCGAGGACGAGUUCUUGUAUUGUGAUUUUUGUGACUGCGACUACAAAGGUGCUUGUCCAAAACAUGGCCCUAUGCUUUGGGUAUGUGAUCGAAAAGUUCCCAAAAACUCAUCAGAACGAGCUGAGCUUACAAUUCCAAGUUUUCUCUCUAUUGGAAUAUCGAGCAUUCCAAAAGCAGGACUUGAAUAUGGACAGAAAUCCCAUGUAUGGAAGGGAGGUAGAGUGGAUCAUUAUAUUGAAGGGUUCAAAAAGGAUAUUUCCAACUGGUUGAGAUUCGUCAAUUGUGCUGAUAAAGAAGAGAAACAAAAUUUAGUGGCAAUACAGUACAAGAAACAAAUCUAUUACAAGACUUACAGAGAAGUGUUACCAUUUCAAGAGCUUCUGGUGUGGUAUGGAGGAAAAUAUGCUGCUGAUCUUGGAAUCAGCUUGAAAAGGGACAUCGAAGCUAAUCAAUUAAGCGUAAAAGGUGUUGCAUGCGAUGUCUGCGGUUCAUUGUUCACAUCCGUGGAUGCCAUGGAGCGACACAGGAGGACACAUCCUCAUCAGGGACACGAUCGAAGGCACCGAUGUCCCCACUGCAUCUACUCCACCAACAGGUCAGAUCAUCUCCGCAAUCACCUCACUACUCACACGGAUGAGAGGAGACACGGAUGUCCACACUGCCACAAUACAUUCACUCUAGAAGGAAGUCUCAAGGCACACCUGAGGAUCCACAGUGGAGAGAGACCCUUCUCUUGUGGAGAGUGCGGAAGAGACUUCACUCAAAAAGGAGACAUGGAGAUACACGUGAGAAGUCACAGCGGCAUCAGACCUUACCGAUGUUCCACCUACGGAAGAGAUUUCACCCAUUCAUCAGCUCUUCACAGACACAUAAGAAUCCACACACUGCAGAGACCCUACAAGUGCUCCACCUGCCAAUACAGGGCCACAGACUCUUCCACUCUUAAUAGACACGUUAUUCUGAAACACACAAAACAGUUCCCCCACAAGUGUCACCUGUGUGAAAGAGGUUUUGCUCAACCGAGUGAUCUUAAACGACACAAAGACCGCAUGCAUCCUCAAUACAAGUAAAUAAAUAAAGAAAUGCACAUAAUGUCAAUAUACUGUCAUAAAGAAUGAGAGAUAAAAUUGAUCUCUACUUACAGUUUGAAUAAAAAUUUGUAUGAAGAAAGUAUAGUAGGAACAUUUACAAUAAACGUCUAUUUUUCCUUACAUUUGAAAUACAUUGAUGACGAAAACUAUUGAAGUCAGCUUAAUAGAAGAGCAGUAA